UCUUAUUCCUAAAUUCCUUACAAAAUUCUCAAUUAAAUUCUCUUUGUACAAAUUCUCUCUACCCCAAAGCUCUGUUUUUUUUUUUGAAUCUUUGAUUAUGGCUUCUUCUUCUUCUUCUUCUUCAAUGCCGAAGAUUCUCUCUGUAAAUAGGAAUUAUGGUGUAAGAAACAGAGUGUCUUGUUCGCUUCAUACUCCGUCUAUAAUUCAAAUUCCUAAGCGGUCUCAGACGGCAUUUCGGUCGCCCAUCAAGAUCGCCGUGCCAAAACCUGAACCUGUUGCUGCUCCCUCCGUGUCUUCGCCCGCCAAGGAGUGGAAUUUCUUGCAGCAAGCUGCGGCUAUGGCGCUCGAUGCGGUUGAGGAUGCUCUGGUUUCGAUGGAGAAGAAGCAUUCCUUGCCUAAGACGGCUGACCCUUCUGUUCAAAUUGCUGGGAAUUUUGCUCCUGUGCCGGAGCAGUCUGUUCGGAAGGUGUUACCGGUCACCGGGAAAGUUCCCGACUGCAUUCGGGGGGUUUAUGUGCGAAACGGAGCCAACCCACUUCAUGAACCGGUUUCCGGUCAUCACUUGUUUGACGGCGAUGGGAUGGUCCAUGCUGUGGAGUUCACUGAGGGUGGUAGAGUUAGUUACGCUUGCCGGUUUACGGAGACAGAACGGCUGGUUCAGGAGCGGGCUUAUGGCCGGCCGGUUUUCCCGAAAGCUAUUGGGGAACUCCAUGGCCACUCUGGGAUAGCUCGGUUGAUGCUUUUCUAUGCUAGAGGAUUGUUUGGGCUUGUCGAUCAUAGCCAUGGAAUCGGCGUCGCCAACGCCGGUUUGGUUUACUUUAACGGCCGGCUUCUUGCCAUGUCGGAGGAUGAUUUGCCGUACCAAAUCCGGGUCACUCCGUCUGGGGAUUUGAAAACCGUUGGCCGGUUUGAUUUCGACGGGCAAUUGAAAUCCACAAUGAUAGCUCACCCAAAGCUCGACCCUGUUUCCGGCGAGAUGUUCGCUUUGAGCUACGACGUAAUUCAGAAACCAUAUUUGAAAUACUUCAAAUUCUCGGCGGAGGGGGAGAAAUCACCGGACGUUGAAAUUCCCCUGCCUCAGCCGACGAUGAUGCACGAUUUCGCAAUUACGGAAAAAUUUGUUGUAAUUCCAGACCAGCAGGUGGUUUUCAAGUUGCCGGAGAUGAUCCGCGGGGGAUCUCCGGUGGUCUACGACAAAGAAAAAACCUCCCGAUUUGGGAUUUUGGACAAAAAUGCCACAGACGCCAACGCCAUUAAAUGGAUUGAAGCUCCCGAUUGCUUCUGUUUCCAUCUCUGGAACGCUUGGGAAGAACCAGAGACUAACGAAAUCGUCGUAAUUGGAUCGUGCAUGACGCCACCGGACUCCAUUUUCAACGAAUGUGAAGAGAAUUUGAAAUCCGUCUUAUCGGAAAUUCGCCUGAAUCUCUCCACCGGAAAAUCAACUCGUCGGCCGAUCAUCGCUGAAACAGAGCAAGUGAACUUAGAAGCCGGAAUGGUGAACCGAAAUCAAUUAGGGCGAAAAACCCAGUUCGCUUAUCUUGCUCUAGCUGAACCAUGGCCAAAGGUUUCUGGAUUCGCGAAGGUCGAUCUCUCCACCGGAGAAAUCAGAAAGUAUCUCUACGGCGAAGACAGGUACGGCGGCGAGCCUCUGUUUCUUCCUAGAGAAGGGGCAACGGCGGAGGACGAUGGGCACAUCUUAGCCUUCGUUCACGACGAGAAGGAAUGGAAAUCAGAGUUGCAGAUCGUAAACGCCAUGACUUUAGAGCUUGAAGCUACUGUAAAGCUUCCUUCUCGAGUUCCUUACGGCUUCCAUGGAACUUUCAUAAGCUCCAAGGAUCUGCAGAAGCAGAAACGGUAAAAAAACAAAAAAGUCGAGGUAAAUUAUAACAACACAGGGUAAAAAGAAAAAGGAAAAAAAUUGGAGUUUUUACCUGAGGGAUGCAUGUGGUUUUACGUCCCCGGAAUCUCCUCUGUUUUUCUCUGUUUCAUUUUUUUUACAGCUAGUUAAGAAUAGAAAAACCUAGAAGUUGUGGGGUGUAAAGUAUAAUUAAGAAGUUUGUUGGGGUGGUAAUGUAAGUAGGAUGAAAAGUGAGGGGGUUUUGAGAAACCAAGCUUGAAGCUUUUGGGUUUAGGGUAGCAAUGAAGCUCACCUGGUUUCUGUUUUAUUCUUUCACU